AUGGGUCGCCGACGCUCGCGACGAGACGCUAAGGAGACGCGGCCUCCGAAGGCCACUUGGAAGGCUGUUUGUUCUCCUUUGCAGCGUGUCCCUGGAAAGUCCUCGCCCUAUUUCCGUGCGAGUUGUGAAAAAUUGGAGGAGUUUCUUCGCUCACUGAACAGCAGUAAACCUCUGUAUUUGGGACAAACUGGUCUGGGUAAUAUUGAAGAACUUGGAAAACUUGGGCUGGAGCCUGGAGAGAAUUUCUGUAUGGGAGGACCGGGAAUGAUCUUCAGCCGGGAAGUUCUCAGGAGAAUGGUGCCACAUAUAGGUGAAUGCCUUCAAGAAAUGUACACCACUCAUGAGGACGUGGAGGUGGGUAGGUGUGUCCGAAGGUUUGGAGGAACUCAGUGUGUUUGGUCUUAUGAGAUGCAGCAGUUGUUCCAUGAAAACUAUGAACACAACCGCAAGGGUUACAUUCAAGAUCUUCACAACAGCAAGAUUCACACAGCUAUAACACUUCAUCCAAACAAAAGACCGGCCUACCAAUACAGGCUUCACAAUUACAUACUGAGUCGCAAAAUUUCUGAACUGCGCUAUCGAACCAUCCAGCUCCAUAGAGAAAGUGCCCUGAUGAGCAAGCUCAGUAACAGUGAAGUAAAUAAGGAAGAUCAGCAACUGGGAGUGAUGCCAUCUUUCAGUCAUUUACAGCCCCGUGAAAGGGAUGAAGUCAUCGAGUGGGAGUUCCUGACAGGAAAAUUUCUAUUCUCCAUGAUGGAGAACCAGCCACCCCGUCAGAGCCUGAGCAGUGUCCUGCGGGCUGCACUGGAUGACACUGUGAUGCAAGUCAUGGAAAUGAUAAAUGAGAACUCUAGAUCUAGAGGAAGGCUCAUUGAUUUCAAGGAAAUACAGUAUGGCUACCGCAGGGUGGAUCCUCUGCAUGGAGUGGAGUACAUCCUGGAUUUACUGCUUUUGUACAAAAGGCACAAAGGAAGAAAAGUUACAGUUCCAGUGAGACGUCAUGCUUACCUUCAACAGUUGUUUAGCAAACCUUUCUUCAAAGAAGCAGAGGAGCUGGAUAUAAGAAGUCUGUUGGAGAAUACCCACACUGAUGCUCAAUCUUUCUCUUUUGUUUCAAAUACCUUAAAGAUUUUUUCUUCUUCGUUCCAAGGCACCAAAGACAUAGGGGGACGCAGUGACAAGAAAAUACAUAUUCUUGUCCCUCUCACAGGAAGAUUUGACAUUUUCUCAAGAUUUAUGGAUAACUUUGAGAAGACUUGUCUGAUUCCCAAGCAGAAUGUAAAGUUGGCAAUAAUUCUUUUCAGUUCUGAGUUGGGCCAAGAUGCCAGCAAACACAUAGAACUGAUGAAAGAAUACAGCAUUAAGUAUCCUAAGGCAGAUAUGGCCCUGAUUCCAAUGGCAGGAAAGUUUUCUAGAGGUUUAGGUCUUGAAAUGGCCUCAUCUCGAUUUGACAAUGGCACUUUGCUGCUGUUUUGUGAUGUUGAUCUGGUAUUCACAUCAGACUUCCUUCAGCGGUGCAGAGAUAACACUAUUCAGGGAGAACAGGUUUACUACCCUAUCAUCUUUAGCCAGUAUGAUCCAAAAAUAAUAUAUGGAGGCGACCCUCCAGCUAACAGUAGUUUUGUUUUCACAAAAAGAACUGGCUUUUGGAGGGAAUAUGGAUUUGGAAUUACCUGUAUUUACAAAAGUGAUCUACUUACUGCUGGUGGAUUUGAUACCUCAAUUCAAGGCUGGGGACUUGAGGAUGUAGAUCUCUUUACUAAAGUGAUAACAUCUGGCUUGAAGGCUUUCAGAAGUCAAGAAGUAGGAGUUGUCCAUAUUUUUCAUCCAGUUCAGUGUGACCCCAGUUUAGAUCCGAAACAAUAUAAAAUGUGCUUAGGGUCCAAAGCAAGUACGUUUGCCUCUACCAUGCAGCUCGCUGAACUCUGGCUACAGAAACAUUUGGGUGUCAGGUACAAUCGAACUCUCUCCUGACAUCUCAGCCUAUUUGGCCUUGUUAGAGGAGUUUACCUCAUUAUUGUUAUUAUUAUUUGAUUUUGCUGUCAUAGUUUUAAACUCCCUCCACGUUGUCUUCCAAAGACUGUUGACCUCAAAUGGGAUGAGUCUGCUGUUCACUGAUGUUUCUUAUACCUACUGAACUGGUAAGGUGAAUUCCUUCAUAUUGCAUUCAUUUGAAAUUCAGUCAAGUCAUGGCAAAUAUAUGAUCCCAUGGAGCACAUCGAUCACAAGAGACUGCAUCAGAAGAACAUUCUCUUUCAGCUCUGGGAUGCAGUGUCAUCUUUAUUGAAUUUCUCAGAUUUGAUGUGAUACAAAUAUUUACUGGUGAAGGUACCACAAAAGUGCUUUAUGCUUCUUCUGGGGAUGGAACUCUAUAAGAUAAACUUGAGUUUUAUAAUUUAUAUGAGAACUUAUAUGUAUAAAUGCUACUUUUCUUCAUCUUUAGAAUUUUUAAAGUAAAUGAAUAACUAUGAUUGUACCUUUAUUUUUUAAAAAAAAAAAAAAAAAAAGAAAAGCUGAGGAGCUACUUGCAAAUACAACUGGUACUGGCUACCAAGGUCCUUAAAUGUCUUAUUAUAACUAACUCUUCAUUCCCGUUCACUCUAAGUGUAAAUAAACUUUAUUUUCACAAGGAGCAGGAUUUAAUCCAAUGCUCAUGUAUGCUUUAGAAGAUUUGUGAACCAACGUCCUUCAUCUGCAGGCAAGAAGAAACUAUGACUUAACAUGGUCAUUUAUGAUAAAAUGCAAGCAUACAGUAUUCUUUUUUUGAAACAUAUAGUGUAAGUUGCUGUUUCUCUUUAGAAUGAGAUUCUAAUACAUAAAUUUAUUUUACAUUCCUUUCAUAAAGCUGCACUUGAUACAGAGUGUUAGAAGUUA